UACCCAUAUGAUAUGAGCCAUAGUUAGCUAGCGUUCGUAGUCAGUCAAUACUAGCGAAGCGGAGGAAAUCUGAGAAAGAAGGAAGGAAGGAAGGAUGAAGAAGAUAUCGGUGGUUCUCAUGGGCUGUGGAGGCGUUGGCCGACAACUUCUUCAGCACAUUGUCUCUUUCCGAUCCCUACACGCCAAAAUGGGAGUUCAUAUACGGGUGAUUGGAGUCAGUGACAGUAAAUCCUUACUUGUUCCAGUGGAUGUGGUCAAAGAGGAACUUGAUGAUGAUCUCUUGUCAGUUGUUUGCCGUCUCAAAUCUGCUGGUUCUCCGUUAUCCACGCUUGGUGCUUUAGGAAAAGGUGAAUAUCGUGUGCUCAAUGGUUCUGAGUCAACAAGGGAGACGGAAGAAAUUGCACAACUUCUGGGUAAAUCGACAGGCUUAGUUGUUGUGGAUUGCUCAGCCAGCAGUGAAACGGUUGAGAUAUUGAUGAAGGCAGUUGACUUGGGUUGCUGUGCUGUCCUAGCAAAUAAGAAGCCUCUUACUUCCACACUGGAACAUUAUGACAAAUUGGUUUUGGAUCCUCGACGUAUCCGCCAUGAAUCCACUGUUGGUGCUGGGCUUCCUGUCAUUGCAUCCAUGAACCGCAUAAUUUCAUCCGGAGAUCCUGUUCAUAGCAUUGUCGGUAGUUUGAGCGGUACCUUGGGAUAUGUAAUGAGUGAGCUUGAAGAUGGAAGGCCUCUAAGCCAAGUUGUUCGAGCUGCUAAGACGCUGGGGUAUACUGAACCAGAUCCACGUGAUGACCUUAGUGGCAUGGAUGUUGCUAGAAAGGGUUUGAUUCUUGCUCGACUUCUUGGGAAGAGGAUAAUUAUGGAUAGCAUUAAGAUAGAGAGCUUGUACCCUGAAGAGAUGAGACCUGGAGUCAUGACUGUGGAUGAUUUCCUCCAAAAUGGAAUAGCAAAACUUGAUCAGAGCAUUGAGGAGAGAGUUAAAAGAGCUUCAUCAAACGGGUGUGUGCUUCGUUAUGUUUGUGUGAUUGAGGGCUCAAGCGUUCAAGUAGGCAUUAGAGAAGUUCCAAAAGAUUCGCCAUUGGGACGACUAAGAGGCAGUGACAAUAUAGUAGAGAUACGUAGUCGUUGCUACAAGGAGCAGCCUUUGGUGAUUCAAGGUGCCGGAGCCGGGAACGACACAACUGCAGCCGGUUGUCUUGCAGACAUCAUCGACAUGCAGGAUCUUUUUCCUUGAGAGAGCAUGUGAUCUGGUCAUCAUAUCACAGUAAUAAUAAAACCUUAUUUUCAAGGAUUGUUUUUAUUCAUCAUAAAGAAUAGUAUUUGCCCUUUGCCUCUCCCUUACAUUGCAAUAAAAAAGCUUCUCUUUUGUGGUGAA